UCGGCUCAGGCGGCGGCAGCAGCAGCAGCAGCAGCAGCGCCAUGUCCGGCAGAGGCAAGGGCGGGAAGGGGCUCGGCAAGGGGGGCGCCAAGCGGCACCGCAAGGUGCUGCGCGACAACAUCCAGGGCAUCACCAAGCCGGCCAUCCGGCGCCUGGCGCGGCGCGGCGGCGUCAAGCGCAUCUCGGGGCUCAUCUACGAGGAGACGCGCGGCGUGCUCAAGGUCUUCCUGGAGAACGUGAUCCGCGACGCCGUCACCUACACCGAGCACGCCAAGCGCAAGACGGUCACGGCCAUGGACGUGGUCUACGCCCUCAAGCGCCAGGGGAGGCACCCACCCACCUUACUUCACUCGCUGUAGCUCUUGUUGGCGAUGGCGCGCACGAAGCAGACGGCGCGUAAGUCGACGGGCGGGAAGGCGCCCCGCAAGCAGCUGGCCACCAAGGCGGCCCGCAAGAGCGCGCCGGCCACGGGCGGCGUGAAGAAGCCGCACCGCUACCGGCCCGGCACGGUGGCGCUGCGCGAGAUCCGCCGCUACCAGAAGUCGACGGAGCUGCUGAUCCGCAAGCUGCCCUUCCAGCGGCUGGUGCGCGAGAUCGCGCAGGACUUCAAGACCGACCUGCGCUUCCAGAGCUCGGCCGUGAUGGCGCUGCAGGAGGCGAGCGAGGCCUACCUGGUGGGGCUCUUCGAGGACACCAACCUCAGCAGCAGAAGCGCCAUGUCCGGCAGAGGCAAGGGCGGGAAGGGGCUCGGCAAGGGGGGCGCCAAGCGGCACCGCAAGGUGCUGCGCGACAACAUCCAGGGCAUCACCAAGCCGGCCAUCCGGCGCCUGGCGCGGCGCGGCGGCGUCAAGCGCAUCUCGGGGCUCAUCUACGAGGAGACGCGCGGCGUGCUCAAGGUCUUCCUGGAGAACGUGAUCCGCGACGCCGUCACCUACACCGAGCACGCCAAGCGCAAGACGGUCACGGCCAUGGACGUGGUCUACGCCCUCAAGCGCCAGGGGCGCACCCUCUACGGCUUCGGCGGCUAAAGCGCGCAGGCAGCUCUCGGACCCUCUCGACACACCCCAAAGGCUCUUUUCAGAGCCGCCCACUUUGUCUUAUGAAAGAGCUGUGAUAUUGCGUGUAUUGUUUGAAAGGGCCGUCUGCUGAAGUUUCUGUCUCUUAGUAGAGUCUUUGUAUUGUCAAUUACUGUUUCCUAAGAGCUUAUGGUAAUGGUGGUUUCAUGUUUUCCCUUCCCAAUAUUAAUUACAAAGUUGCUUGUGUUGUGUAAAAGAUUCUUUCUUCGGUUUUUUAAUUCCCCUGUGAAUGCUGAGCACGCUGCUAAGACUUAGUGUGCUUUGUGACCAAAACAAUGAUUUCCUAAUCACAAAUUUUUCCUUUUCACAGAACUAUGCGUAAUCUGGAAUACUAUUCAAUAUAUUAAUACUUACAAUCUUUUCUUAUAGCUGAAUACAGGUUAUCUACAUUUAGAGAAAAAGGGGAAACUCAUGAAAAAAAUGAAAAUUCGUCCCAUAUGAAUGUUACCUUUCUGAUAAUAUUUCUAAAUAAAUUUUCUUAACUGUAA